AUGCAACGAUUUCCAGAGAUUCAUUUACUUUUGCACGAAUCACUUCUGCAUACUUGCAUGCCAUCUGUGAGUUCGAAGUUUGCAGUAGAGAAAUCCAAACUGCGUUCCACGAAUCAGGUAUGUGAAGCUUUUAUCACACAGUUAUUUGAAUGUAACUAAAAACAUGCCCCUUUCAAAUAGAAUCAAACUGAUAUUGCUUUUCACUCGGGUGAACAUGUACGUGAUUGAAUUAAUCCACAGAAACAAGCAUUUCCCUCCUAAAAGCCGCAUGACUCUCAACCUGUCCGAUAUGAAAGCUACAACAAGGGACAAAAGUGUUAAGACACUUCUGUAACAUGGCCCCUUUUUGCAUAGUGAACAUACCUAUCCCCUUUCCCUGUUUACCCCCACUCCCUCCCCCAAAAUCAGUGUUGUAUUCUAGACCCUCAAGUCUUUCUUUUACUUCAAACAACAUUGAUUCGGGGGUGGGGGAUUUACGGCGUUUGAAUAGAAUGAAGUAAUAAAUGAAUGAAAUUGUUGAUAAAAGCACCCGUUUCAGUUAGACAAGUGUGUCAACAACCUCGUUCCCAGGAAUUUCGCCUACCCAGGGAGCGAGGUUGGUGUGUCAACUACUUUUGUCCCUGAUUGUAGUAUAAGACCAUGGCCAAUUAAUUCAGGGGCACCCAAUGACGAUUUCCUCCUAAAUACGUUGAAAACACUUUUCAGGCUAUCCAUAGUACUCUUAGAUCUCUAGAAAUGUAUUCUAAGCGGUGCUAUAAAAUUGGUCAUCCUAGGGGACUUUGACUUUUUUCGAAAUUACAAGAGCUUCAGUAUUAUUUUCCCGAAAAUUUUAGACGCAAUUUAUAUUUUAACGAAUGUGAGAAUUUUUCUCAUUCCUAUCUAAAUCACACUUUUGAAUCCGAAAGUUUGAGGUUUCCUUUUUUACGAAAAACAGCAUUAUCUUGGGGAGUGAAAUGAGAAAAAUUAAUCUUCAGAAAAUCUUAGGAAAUUUAUUAGAUAAGUUUCGAAAAUUGUACAUGAAUGGAACGGUCAUCUAGAAAUUUGUAGCCGCCCUCAAGCAAUAGAAAAUUCUAGGCAAUAUUUGCCUCUCCGAAUAGAUAUUUUACAGAAAACAGUCGUUGGAUGCCCAUGUUAAUUAAAAUUAAUGUUCCCUAUGCUUGAGACAACUUAUCCAACAAAUGUUAAAAACGCCCAGCGAAUCGUAACCAGCUCUCGCCGACACAGUGUAAUUAUUUGAAAUUGUAACAAACUUCUUUUGUUCGUUUGGCGAAUUCCGGCAUGUACUGUAUAUUCAAUAAAAUUUAGAGAUGAAACAGCCGUGUUAGAAAGAAGUAGUCGAAGGGGGUAAAAUUGGAAUUGGGAUUUGCCGUAUUUUUAAGAUUGGAACUGAAUAGGAUUUUGGUACAUGUACAGAUCAAACCCCGUCGAAACGGACUCUUCGAGACUCUGAAGGGACCAUAGAAAGUGUCCAUGUUUAGCCGGUUAAAUAGCCGGCAGUGCAGGCGUAUUUUGGGUGGGCGAAACCUUGUUCGUGUUCGUAAUGUUGUUGUAGCCGCCAUCUUUAUGACAGUGGAAGAUUGGGGGGAGUAGAAAUAGUAACCCGUGCGGCGAACUCAAAGAAAACGCCUGCACUGCAGGCUACCGGUUAAAUUUAGAGAAAAUGUAAGGGCUUUGUCUCCCCAGGGACAAACCAAACUGUCCGUAUUAAGCGGGUGUCUGUAAAGCGGGGUUUGAUUGUUUAUGUCAGUAUAAUUGCAGACGUCUCCUACUUCCUUUGUCGCUCAAGGAAAACAUCUGCACGCAGGCUAUACUAGAAUUUGACCACGCAUCUUUGCCACUGGGAAUGGGAUUUGAGGCAAAAGUCGAAUGGUACUCUGGAAUUUGAACAAAAUUUGGGUUGGAAAAAGGGACUUGUGAACCACCCCACCACCCCCUUCGCCCCUUUUCCCCUCCGGUGUGCUUCUUAGUAGAAGACACAGAAAUAAAUAUUAUCUUGACUUGUCUUGACCUUCAAAUGGUCAUCUCAAAACGACGAAUUAACUAGCAACAAUAAUUAUUGUUGCAUUAAAAACCCACACCACUGCUGUUUUUGGCUUUCCCCCAAUGCUGGAUUGGACGUCCAAAACGGAAGCAAGAGAGGAUAAAUGAGGAGACCCAACUAAGUAAUCUUUAACUUUCUCUUCAGCUCCUUGUUGCUGUUUCUCCUGGACAAAAUAUUGACUACUUUGAUUUUGAUCUUAAAAUCUGGAAGCCGCUGGGAAUGUCAGGGCCAGGAGGCAGACCUGCAAGAACAUCACAUUACUGUGCAGAGACAGUUGGUAAUACUUUGUAUGUUGCCGAAGGUCGCCCAAAUAACGCUAAGACUGAUUUUAUUUCUUGUUAUGACUUAGAAAGAAAUGUGUGGAAAACACACCCGCACUCUGUUGGAGUAAUCAGCAGUAUGUGUACUGUAGGAGACUACUUGUAUACAUUUGGUUUUGAUUGUCAAAAGCCUCCUCAGCGGUAUAGCUUGGCUGAGGGUCAUUCUGAUGUUUUUGUUCUUUAUGGAAAAGGAUUUUUUAAAAACAGUUGGUUAGUGCGAAAUGCCUCCCUACAUUGUUUUGAUCACGUGAGAAACGUGUGGGAAGAAAAAGCAUCAACCUGCCACCCACAUUUUGGGUCCAGUCUUUUUGUAGUGAACGGUAAACUCUACGUAGCAGGGGGUAAAGUUAAUGCUAAUUACGACGGUUCACCCUAUGGUAACCCUGCACCAGUGGAAGUGUAUGAUGAAGAAAACAACAAGUGGUCGGUUGUUGACCAAAAACAUAUUCCAGAAAACAACCUUGGUGCAGUGGAAGUAGAUGGGAGGGUUUAUUUCAUCAUCAAUAAAUUUCCAAUUGACAGUGGUAUAAGAAUCCCACCAGGGGAGGUGUAUCCUGUUUCCUUGCACAAGUGGGAAAAACUAGGGAACAUAUGCUGGACGGCCGCCCUCUGUUAUUCACCAAUAAAAAAAAAGAGCUUAAAAACAGGGUAACGAUCAUUUUGCGUUUUAAAUAACCGACUUAAUGUACAUUUUCACUUCUUGCCAUCCAUCGAUUCCUGAGGACAAACCAACCGACUCAAUUCAACAAAUUUACAGCCAGAGUCUCUAACAGAGUCUCCGUGUUUCUUUCAGAAUACCCCUUAACGUGUUUUGACGGUUUUCCUAAAAAGAGAAAAAAAUCACAAUUCCUUAGUGGCAAGGACCUAGAUAAACGUUUUAAAACAAUCAAUGUGUCUUAAUGAGGAAUGUAAGGAGCUGCACCCAUAUAUAACUUAAUUAAUGGACCAAAGAGUAUUUGUAGAUAAGGAAAAACACAAUGUUUUUCAGUGUCACAGAUAUUGUAAAUACUUAAAUGAUAACGAGAACUCUUGGUUUCUGGAUCGGCGCGACGUUAACAAGCUAAUUACAUCAGAGACUUUAGAUUCGAAGACGAGAACGACUACAUGGUGGAGAUUUUGGCUAUAAAAAGAUUUCGCGUAUUCUCAAGAACUAAAAAAACCUCGGAAAGCUUCAUUGCUCACUUUCUUUUCAUCAGAAACCUUAGCACGAUUACUUUUAUUGAAGGAAGUUAAGCCCUCUCUCGAUCGAACUGAAUGAUAAAACUUCUAACAUUCGAAGACUUGUUUCCGCCACUAUGUAUGACAUUCUUGCUAAACCCACUGUAGAAUGACGACGAUUGUCAGGUAUUCCCGCUCAAAUGACACAGCUUCAAGCAUGCGCACAACUUAGAACUCGUAGUCGCCCUUGUCUUACAUUCUAAAGGUCUCCAUUAUCAACUGGCUUUAGUACGAGUACAGUUACCUAAUAAGUUAAUAUCCGUGUGUUUCAUGCAUUUGUCGUGAGGACUUCUAGAGUUACCUGAAGAAUUUUCUCAAUAAAAAGUGCUUGGCCAUUUUUUUGUCUUGGAUGCAUUCAUUGUUAAUCUGGGGUGAAUUGUGAGACUCGAGAAGGAACGGUGGAGAUCGCGCGUCUUUUUUUCGCUUGGCUUGCUUUAUUUUUCGACUUCCCUACUAUUUGAGAGCCUGGCACAGGCCACAAGAAAAGCGACGAGAUAAAGGAACUGUGGGGUUUCACUAUAAAAAAACUAAGUUUAUCCCUUGUUUUGUUCAUGCUUCUGAAGUUUAUUUCAUUUUCUAUGUCCUUCAGGUAAACUUUUUUUUGUGUAGUUUCAGGCUGUUUCAGGGACUGUGAAUCUCAUAUUUAUAUCAAACAAGGACGACACCCCGUGAUAGAUAAUCUUUUGCCCGAAAACGAGCAAUUUUUACCAAAUGAUACAGACAUGAAUGUAAGUCAAUAAUAUUUAAUAACAUGGCUCUGACGUGGUUUGUUGCCUGCGAAGCAGAGUCAUUUGAUAUCGAAAACUCCUCGAUAUCCGCGGAACCAACAAUUCCGGUACGAACCAGGGCCAGGGUGUGAAUCUUUUCAUCUUCAUAGCAUUCUUUUACUAAGGCAAGUUGGAGAUCUACUGAUUGAACGCCGGGUAAUCUCACGUGUAUGAGUAAAGUUAUGGUUAUUAGACAUAACUGUUAAGCGAUAUGUUACUACGGACCUAACUUAAGAUACCCCGUUUCUAUCAUUCUCGGGUAAGGGACCUGUUUCUCCUGUGUUAAUAUAUACUCUAGGGGACCAUGUUUUGCUAAUCAUUGUUUUAAGUAUUAUCACUCUACCACGUAGCUUUGCCGUUUUUCUUGGGGUAGGAGGCAGUUUACCCGCCUUUAUGGUUACUGUAUGAGUAAUGUACUACACUACCUGUACACCGAAAAAGGUUUAUUGACCAACUAUUAUAGACCAUCAAGAAUAUCACCCAAGUAAGCAUAAAUUCAGUUCUUCAGCUCUUUUCCCUUUCAACGUUUACUGUCACUUAUGGCGAACUGCAAGGUAGUCUAAUGGCUGGAUAGCACUUGUUCGCCACCAAACGAUUUCACGGACGUCGUAAAUGUAAGGAGAAAACGAACGAAAAACAGAGCGUAGGAGCGAGCUGCAGUUCGCGAGCAGCUUAACCACCCAUAUCCCGGCUGACAACAUGUUAUAAGGUAGUAAAUGCUGUUGUAGAAACUAUGUUUAUUUUAAAACCAGCUGAAUGACCCCACCCCACACAGGUUGCCUUGAUUGUAAUUCUGGCCCAGACCGGCUCUUAUGUUCCAGCCGAGGAGGCGAAAGUUGGAGUUUUGGACGCGGUUUUUACCAGGUAUUAUAAGUACAAAUAAUAGAGAACAAAUGAAAGGCUCAAAUUUACCUCACAUUCUUAUUUUAUUGGUUUUGUCAGUCCUUUCUGGUGCGGCUUUAAUGACAGUUGAUAGGUAGUACUCUACUGUUAGGAGUCAUUCUCCAAUUAUAGCGAAUGAAACAGUUGUCACUGCAUGGUUUCCAGGAUGGGAGCUUCAGACAGCAUUUACAAAGGGCAGAGUACGUUUAUGGUCGAACUUCAGGUACGUUGUACUUACAUACAUUUCACCUUACUACAACUAAAAUCGCCAAGAGAAACAAAGAACUGUUGGGUCUUGCCAAACCUGACAAAAGGUUCAAAAGGUUGCACGAGUCCUCGUACUGUAGUUUUGAGGUGAAGGUGAAUAGUUCUUGAGUUCUAUUAAUGAUUAUCGCGUCGUUACUUUGCGAACGUAUUACGAACAUUAAGAAUGGAGAAAAGUAAGAUGUUUUGUAGUUAUGUUUUGGCAAACUAACAAUAAAGUAGGAGACUUGUUGUUGAGAAUGCUAGCUGAUUGUAAACUUGAUUCUCUUCCGUUUUAGGAAACAUCGGACAUUAUUGACCAGGCCACUCCAAAGUCACUGGUUAUCUUGGAUGAGCUGGGCCGGGGUACUAGUACCCAUGAUGGGACGGCCAUUGUUUAUGCUACGCUGCAGCACUUUAUUAGUAAGGUAUGUGUUCUAGACGUUAAUUCCGUGUUCUGAUCUUGCUGACAUUGUACUCCAAUCUCACCAGGGAGAGGUCGGUAGACGUUCUAUCAAAUGCUAUCCAUUACUCAGUCUAGUGUACGAGAGAUAAACCGGAUCUUUUUCAUGCAAGUCAAGAGAUCGUUUAAGGCUUGGAAAUCUUAAAUUAUAUGUUAGGGUAUUCACCGCUUGUAUUUGGUUAUUUUCCUCGCCACGGCAGCGAGCAGAUAAUGGGGUGCUUUCUUAAGCAUUCAAAAACGAGUUCGUCAAUUUUUUUUUCUCACUGGUAGGUGUCCAGCCUGACUCUAUUUGUAACACACUAGCCGUCACUGGCCCAGCUGGAAGUAGCCUUUCCAAAGCACGUUUCCAACAACCAUAUGGCCUUUAUGACGUCACAAGAGCAACAGAGUGACCAACAGUGCCCUGAGGGAGGGGAGGGAGACCCUAUCCCUUCAGUCACUUUCUUGUAUCAUGUGGUAAAUGGCGCUGCUGGGAGAAGCUAUGGGUUGAAUGUGGCACGUCUGGCAGGAAUUCCAAGUGAAAUCCUUAACACGGCCGCCAAAAAAUCACACGAACUGGAAAAUCAAAUCACCCAUCGGCGGUAGGUAGUCUAUGAUUCAUCUUAUGACGUCCAAUUUUGAUAUCCAUAAGUAGUUUCCCGCGCAUUUGUAGAAGGAAGUGAUGAAGAUGUGAUAGCGAGUUUAUAUAAGUGCCAUGAGGGCGAUGGCGGUGAAACAGCACUUAAAAGUUAGUCGCAUUCUUUUAAGGAAGCUUCACUACGAUUAUUUACUCUCGUAACUUUUUUACAGCAUGCCAAUUUUUCUGAACUCGUUGUCGCGUGUUUCCGUCCUCUAAAAGUAAAAGUCGCUUCAGCAAAUUUCCCGUCGUAGUCGUGUAGUGACCUACAAAGAAAAGCACCAAAAAGUAUGAUGCAAGAGCUGCCUACCGAUUUUUUGAAGCUGUCGUUGCUGUUACCGUUGCGGUUGCUUAAUCAUAUGUCACGCCGUCACAUGGUUUCGAAUCUCCUUCUGGAGGCUUUCCCUUUUCCCUCACUUCAGUUUCCAGCCUUACAUUUUUUCUUAUCUCUGGUUUAUCUCAAUAUGAGAAGUGUUUGUAUCACGAUGAUCAGUGACUUUCAGACGUUGAAAGGGUUCGUCUAACACCUAUAGGAUAAUUUGAGGUUAGAUUAAAAUUUUAAAACCGAUACUGGAAUAGAACAGCUAAGAGUAGUUUAGUCAAAAUUGUCUGGCUUGUGUUUUUAUAUUUAGCGAUUUUCUAUUAAGAAAUCUAAUAACUCCAUGUCUUUUAAAAAAAACCCUAUAAUUUACCGUAUCUUAGUCUAAUGUUUAUAACUGUUAACCAUGAAUUGGGUUAUAAAUUUAUACCCCCCCUAUUACGACAUGUGCAAGUUUUUAUGUCAGUUCUCUUUUUUCUCCCUCUCUCUCCUUUCUCAGCUAUAUGAAGAGUAUUUUUCAAGACAUUUGUUCAAGCUCGAUCAUUAGUGACUACUGAAUCUAUUAGGAACUUGAGGGACUCUUUGACAACGUUUGCACCUGGUUAACACGAACAAUCAGUUACUCCUGUAAUUUUAACUUACAGAAAUAGAGAAGCCCUUUACACAGUAUUUAGUUAUCAAGGUUCAUUGAAUAUGGGGGAGUAAAAGCAAUGUACAGUAGUAUCCCGAUUUCUCGAACACUCGGUUUUCGAAAUUCCGGAUAACUCGAACCAAACCCUACGUCCAUUUACCACUCAAACGCUGAAAUCUUACCCCAGAUUUUUCAAGCCUGCUGAUACUUUGAACCUCGUACUUGCUUUUCCCCUGGUGGUUCGAGAAAUUGGAAUUCCACUGGAGAUCUUUUUUUCGUUUGUGAUAAGUGUAAAUAAUGUCGCGAGGAUAGAGUCAGUGCACUCAGUCAUUAAAAUACUCUAAACGUUUCUUGUCUGAUGGGUGCAUUGCACUCCCGAACCCCUUCCCUCUCCUCCCUGGAUCCGCCACUGAGUGUCUAGCGCCUAAAUACACGCAGAUACUCGCAUACAAAACACACAGAUAAUGUUAGUAUUAUCGUACCACCUGGGAGCAUUAGUAAUAAAUAGUUUGUCAACCUUAAGAAAUAAAACAAGUUGACCUAGAUCAAGACGUUAUAUGGUAGAAAAGAAACGGGUGUAGCGUCAAUCUGGAGUGGCGGAUGGGGGUACUAACAAGUUGACAAUGGAAACCACAAACCCUUACAGAGGUUCAUCUUUCCCAUCAACUCAGAGAAGAAAAGCAAAAUUCUCUUUUGAAAAAGUCAAAACAAUACCACAUUUGCAUGUUCAUGAAUUCAGGACUUUCGUGACGCUUUAUAUGACGUAAUUAAUAAAAUUUAAGGUCACGCGAUCAUACACUCCCGCUAUGCUGAUUUAAGUAUGGUUGGCCAUUGUGAGAUUCUGUUGUCAAAGUGUGCGCAGUUUCGAGAGCAAGGUGAAUUCAUUGAUGUUUAUUUAAAAGUGCGUGAAGAAGUUUUCUCAGCUCAUCGCAUUGUGCUCGCUGCCAGUAGCGAUUAUUUCCACGCCAUGUUUGCUCAUGGAAUGAAAGAGUCGAACCAGGAAGUGAUCGAACUCAAAGAUGAAAGCAUUUCAGCAGCUGUCUUUAAGAUCGUGUUGGAUUCCAUCUACAGCGGAGAUCUUCAAGUCAAUGAUGAAAACGUACUUGAUGUACUUGUCGCAGCCGAUCACCUCCAAGUUACAAGUGUUGUUCAACAUUGUUGUGAUUACUUGCAAACCCAGUUUGUUCAGCUUCGAUUUGAUGUGCAAACGUAUAGUCAAAUCUGCACAAUUGCCGAUCGACACGGUCUGAAAGACCUACAGGAAGCUACCCAAUGUAAGAUGGCCUCCAUGUACAAAGAGAUCUGUGAAAGUGAAGAGUUCUUGUUCCAAAUGGACGCAGAUCAAUUAUUGUGUCUUCUUAGUCGAGAUGACCUCAGUGUUCCUUCAGAGACGUUUGUCUUCACAUCCGUGAUGCAGUGGAUCAAACACAAGAAGGAAGAAAGGAUGACAGUCGCGGCUAAAGUCAUCGGAGGGGUUCGACUUGGGUUGGUGGACAUCAAAGCAGUCAUCCGAGAACUGAACACAGAGGAGAUGCAACGAGUUCCAGAGAUUCAUUUACUUUUGCACGAAUCACUUCUGCAUACUUGCAUGCCAUCUGUGAGUUCGAAGUUUGCAGUAGAGAAAUCCAAACUGCGUUCCACGAGU